GCGUGCGGCGAGCGUGUCCCCGCCCCUUACGUCCGGACGCUCGGUGGCCUCGGGAGGCUCCAUCAUCGCCGCCCAGAAAGGAAGGAGGUCAGCGGGGCGAGGGGCUGCUAUGGUGCUGCGUUCCCCGGCGGAGCCGGCCGAGUCGGGGCGGUCGCGGCCAUGAAGGCGGGGGCCACGUCUAUGUGGGCUUCAUGCUGUGGGUUGCUGAAUGAAGUCAUGGGGACUGGAGCUGUGAGGGGCCAGCAGUCGGGAUUCGCAGGAGGUACCGGUCCAUUUCGAUUUACAACAAACCCUGAUUUUUCCGCCUACCCACCAGCAGCCGCAGAAGGACCUACUAUAGUUUGCAAAGCCUGUGGACUUUCAUUUUCAGUGUUUAGAAAGAAGCACGUGUGCUGUGACUGCAAGAAAGACUUCUGCUCCGUUUGUUCAGUCCUGCAAGAAAACCUGCGUCGAUGCUCUACCUGUCACUUACUGCAGGAGACAGCCUUUCAGCGCCCCCAAUUGAUGCGCCUGAAGGUGAAGGACCUGCGGCAGUACCUCACGCUCAGGAACAUUCCGACGGACACUUGUCGCGAGAAAGAAGACCUGGUGGACCUGGUUCUGUGCCAUCAGGGACUGAGCUCCGACAACCACCUGGACACAGGCAGUCUGGACUCGACGCGGUCCCAGGCGUCUAGCUUUUUUACACACUCGUUUUUUUCAAACUCUACACCCCCCUCUGCUACUGUGUCUUCGUUUCAGGGAGAGCUCAUGGACGGAGACGGGGCCUCCAGGUCAGAGACGCUGGCACAGGUACAAAGUGAAACGGCUUCAGCCAACACAGAAGAUGAUGAUGAAGACGAAGAUGACGAGGACGAGGAUGAUGACGACGAAGACGAAGAAAACUUGGAGGAGCAGACCCCUGCGCUUUGUAAGAAGAGAGUCAGGGCCUCGCUGUCGGACCUGUCCAGCCUCGAGGAGGUGGAAGGGAUGAGUGUGCGCCAGCUCAAGGAAAUCCUGGCUCGGAACUUUGUCAACUAUUCCGGCUGCUGUGAGAAGUGGGAGCUGGUAGAGAAAGUAAACCGCUUAUACAAAGAGAAUGAAGAAAACCAAAAGUCAUAUGGCGAGCGGCUGCAGCUGCAGGACGAAGAGGACGACAGCCUGUGCCGGAUCUGCAUGGACGCCGUCAUCGACUGUGUGCUGCUGGAGUGCGGGCACAUGGUCACGUGCACCAAGUGCGGCAAGCGCAUGAGUGAGUGUCCCAUCUGCCGGCAGUAUGUGGUGCGAGCCGUACACGUGUUCAAGUCCUGAGGCGGGGGC